AUGAGAGUUGUUGUAUUGCUGUGUCUGCUGCAUGCAGCUUUUGCUUCUGGUGAAAGCUGGGGGAGUGACUCAGCUUUGGACGAUUCCAGUUUGUGUCUUGCGGAUAAGGCCUCAUGUGGCUGUUGUCUGAUGAAUACGCAGAUGGAAAGGAUGGAGAAUUUCUUCAACUUAAGCGUGUCCUAUAUGAGGACAUGUAUUGGCAAAGCAAAUCUGAUCGUCAGCCAAUUGACAGAAAAUCGCAGUGCCUUCUCCGUCUCUCUGAGCAAUGAUAGUAGUGUGGACUACUUUGAAAACACCACGGUCAUCUACAAUCAUGUCUUUCUCAACCUGGGUGAUAACUACAACACAUCUAGCGGUGUCUUCACUGCUCCGCGUGCUGGCGUCUACAGCUUUGCGGUCACCAUCUACAGCGGUAGGGUUAACCACUCCUGCGCUGAGCUGCAGGUUAACGGCAUAGUGGUGGUUAAAAUCACCGAACGAAAAGCCAACGAUGCUGAAGACAGCGCCACUGUUGUUAUUACUCAGUCCCUGAUGGCUGGGGACUGUGUUUUGGUCUUCGUGCCUACAGGAUGUUACAUUAGUUAUGACAACAACCACCGUACCACGUUCACUGGCUUCCUGUUGUUUUCCUUGGAUAUGGAUCACAAAUACUGACAGUUUAUGAGCCUGUUAGAUGAAAUCUGACCUUAAGCCCUUACUCUCCAUCUGAUUUAUCUUUACUGUUAGCAAUGCUGCCAUCCCUAUUUUGUUUUUUUAUUCAAUUAUUGUUUCAUUACACUGUAA